AUGGAUUCGAAUGCAACUGAAAGGUUUGUGCCAGAGUAUCGUCGUACAAACUUCAAGAACAAAUCGCGGUUCCAAAGUGAUGAGUUGAGAAGAAGAAGAGAGACUCAUCAAGUCGAUUUGAGAAAGCAAAAGAGAGAAGAGGUUUUGGCCAAGAGAAGAAACUACCAACACGAGGCCAAUGAUUCUGAAGAUGAGGAAGAGUUCAACGUUGGUGUGAACAACGACGAGAACCAGUUUUACCAAAGACUUAGACAAGACUUGCCCAAAAUGCUCGAGAUGAUCCAGGCUCCUGAUUUUGAUUCUCAAUUAGCAGCCACUGUGAAAUUCCGUCAAAUCUUGUCCAGAGAACACAACCCACCAAUUGAUUUGGUCAUUGAGCUGGGGGUGAUUCCAACCUUGGUUGAGUUCAUGAAGAGUGAUCAUCCUGAUAUGUUGCAAUUGGAGGCUGCAUGGGCCUUGACUAAUAUUGCUUCAGGUAACUCACAACAAACCAGAAUUGUUGUUGAAGCCAACGCAGUGCCACUCUUUGUCCAAUUAUUGUUUUCUCAAAGUCUUGAAGUUAAGGAACAAGCAAUUUGGGCAUUGGGUAAUGUUGCUGGUGACUCUGCCGAGAACCGUGACUAUGUUUUGAACUGUGGAGCCAUGGAUCCCGUGUUAAACUUGUUCCACAGCAAUAAGAUGUCAUUGAUUAGAACCGCAACAUGGACGUUGUCAAACUUGUGUAGAGGUAAAUCACCUCAGCCAGAUUGGAACAUUGUGUCGCAAGCUAUUCCCACUUUAUCUAAGUUGAUCUAUUCAACAGACUCAGAGACACUAGUCGAUGCUUGUUGGGCUGUUUCAUAUUUAUCUGACGGUACUUCAGAAGCUAUCCAAGCAGUCAUUGAUGCAAGAAUCCCACAUCGUCUUGUUGAAUUAUUGGGACAUGAAUCUACCUUGGUUCAAACCCCAUCUUUGAGAGCCAUUGGUAACAUUGUUACUGGUUCCGAUUACCAAACACAAAUCGUAAUUAAUGCAGGAGUCUUACCAGCCUUGGCUCCAUUAUUAAACUCUACCAAGGACACCAUUCGUAAAGAAGCUUGUUGGACAAUUUCCAACAUCACGGCAGGUACUACAGAUCAAAUCCAAGCCGUCAUUGACGCCAACUUGAUUCCACAAGUCAUUAGAUUGCUUAGUGACGGUGACUACAAGACCAAGAAGGAAGCAUGUUGGGCCAUUUCAAAUGCCUCAUCUGGUGGUCUCACAAAGCCAGACCAAAUUCGUUACUUGGUCAGUCAAGGUUGCAUUAAACCAUUGUGUGAUUUGUUGUCCGUGGCAGACUCCAAGAUUAUUGAGGUCACUUUGGACUCCUUGGAAAAUAUAUUGAAGAUGGGUGAAAUGGACAAGGAGGCUAGAAACACUUCAGUUAAUGAAAAUGCGCUUUACAUCGAGGAAGCCGGUGGUAUGGAAAAGAUCUUUGAAUGUCAAAAUAAUGCUAACGAAAAAAUCUAUCAAAAAGCAUACAACAUCAUUGAAAAGUACUUUAGUGAUGAAGAUGAAGAUCACAUUGAUGACGAAAACAUUAUACCAGAACUGUAUGGCAAUGCAUUUGAGUUUGGCAUUGAUGGUCAAGACCAACAACAACAAAACUUCCUGUUCCAGUAA